CCACAAUCAGGAAGCUAAAUUUAUAAUUACCGUAACAAGUGUACGGAUAAUAUAAAUAUAAAUAUAAGAUAUAUUUUUAAUAGAUUACUAUUUAAAUUUCGCUUAUUCCCUUAUUAGCACAUGAUCAUUGAAUGGAUUACAGGUUGUACAAUCAAGAGCAGGACUUCAGCUGGUCACAGCCUAAGCAAUUCAACUACGACAAUGAUGAGGAGUUCAGCGAACUCGACAGUCAGCUCGUAGAUAAGCUCAGCUUGGAGACUGACUUGUUGUUUGGUUUUAACAAUACAACGCCACAAUUGCCGCAGAUAAAUAACCCUAAUUUAAAUAUAUAUCCCAUAACUUCAACGUCAACUUCAACUUCAACUUCAAAGCGCGAUUCCCACUUACAAAACCUAUUCAAUUCAAAACCAAAUACUUUCUCAACGUCAUUCAACAGCCAAUUCAAACAACAGCCGAGUUUUUCUCCUUUAAAUUAUAGCGAUUCUAUUCCUAGUUACAAUACUUUACAGUCAGUCCCAGUCCCUUCGACUAUUACUAUCUGGUUCGGAGGUUUACCUCAAAAUAUCACAUCAGAACUUUUCACCAAAGCUUUACAAAAGCAUGAUUGCCACCCUAUAUCUUUAUCAACCGUUAUCGAUCGUUCACAUUGCGCUUUCGCUUCUUUCAUUGAUCCAAAUGUUCUUACACGGUUGGGUACUUUCGAAAUUGGUGGUAGAAGAAUCAAAUUUAGGAUAAAACACGCUACAGGUAAGAUUGCUAACCUACUCAGUGAUGUAAGUGUAGUUUUUGUCUCACUAAUCAACCUGAUGAUAUCUUUUCUAGGCAGGUUUGUUCCCUCAUCCUGUAAUGAACCUAGAUAAGUCUUCUACACCAUCAGUUCAAGGGUCUGGUUCAAAUCUUAGUCAAGGUCAUUUACCUCAAACGAGCCAAGUACCUUUCACUCCAAAGUCGCAUCCACAAGAUCGACCAAAGAGGCCAACUAUGUCUAGUAAUCCUAGCUUUUUCCAAUCAAAACAUAAUACACCUCAAGCUCAGUCACAAACCCAUUCUUAUUCGCAGUUCAAUCAACCUUCCACUUCAUCAUCUAUGCGACAUGAAAAUGAUGCGGUUGCAGCAGCAGCCGCUGCUGCAUCACUUACUGCACUUUCUGUACUUAAAACACCUCAUGUUAUGCAGGCUGCUUCAGCUCCUAAUGGCCCUGGUCAAGAUGUUCUUGAGCAAACUCAACAUUAUUUGAGUUUGUUGGUUGAAGGUUUUCAAAAGCAAUCAUCGAAACUAAUUAAUGAAGGGAGUGGUCAACUGUUUUCACAAGCUGAAAAGAUCGCAGAAAAGCUUCAACAAUCUACUGCCUCGAAUGAUAAGGUUGAGUCAUCACAGCCUCAAGUGGAAGGUGAACCAAAUGUAAUUUAUACUUGGAAAGGUGCUGGUAGACCAAGACGUUACUUCAUAUUGAAAGCGCUUUCAAAGAGUGAUCUAGAUACCUCAAGAGAAGAAAACAAAUGGUCAACACAAGCCCAGAAUGAAGAAAUUUUGAAUAAAGCUUUCAAUGAAGCAUCACACGUGAUUUUGUUUAUGUCUGCUAAUAAGCAGCGUGGCUUUUAUGGAUUGGCUCGUAUGACAAGUAAGAUACCAAAUGAAGAAAACGCAAAUAAGGAUCAAAAUGCACCUUCAUCUGAUAUCCCAGCAAGACAUUCUAACCCAGAUACUGAUAGAAAAAGUAAUGAAAAUGAAGGGAUUGAAUCAAAUUCGAUAAAAACUCUAAAAUCAAACGAUGAAAAAACGUGGUCAGCUCCAGUAGCGGAAUUCAAUGAUGAUGUAUCCUUGAAUGUCCAAGGAGAACGUCAAAACAAAAGCGAUCCAAUUAUUCCUAUGAAAAUAUCACAAUCACCGAAGGAUGACGAUAAACAACUCGCAAAGGAGGAAGAAAUUGAAGAUACAAAAAAUGCACCUGGUGCGCAUUUGGUAUCUCCAACUGUGACUCCUUCUCAAUUUCAUACAUUGGAUGCGCCUUCUCCUAUGGAGAAAUUGCCACCAGCAGAAGACCAAACCAAGCAAGCUGAGACUGAAAAACACACACAAAGGACAAGAACUUUCGGUCGUCCAUUUUCUGUUGAAUGGUUGUCUACACAAUCUGUACCAUUUUCGAAGUUGAAAGGUGUUAAUAAUCCAUGGAAUAUAAAUAGACCAGUAAAGGUUUCUCGCGAUGGCACUGAAGUUGAAACAAGAGUUGGUGAACAGCUUGUUGAAGAGUUCGGCAUAUCAGCAUCAGAUUUAGAUAAAUUAACUAAUAACGAUCAAAGAAAACUACAAUAAUAUAACUAUACACGAGUUCAUGACGAAUAAAUUAAAUAAUAUAAUGUAAACAAAAAUUUUUACCUGCUUAAUUUCUGUAUCAU